AUUGGUUGAAAGUGAUUCUCAGAUUUCGGGCAGCCGGAAUUUGUAGUUUCCUAAUCGCCUGUCUAAGGAGGUGGGCUUCUGGAAAGGAACUUCAAUUCCCAAAAUGCCAUGCGCCGGGAAUUCCCGGAAUCUAGGUUUAUGCAUUUUUUUUUUUGCUAGGGGAGAAGUAGGGAUUUGGUGCAAGCCGGAAAACAGGUCUACAGAUUGGAUCAGCUCCUGGUCUGUUGAUUGGUCGGGGACUUUCCACUUCUCACUAACUUAUCGCCCACUGCUUGUUACAUGCCUUUCUGUACAGAUCACUCCUCUACAUCCCGGCCAGCACGCACACAAACUUGGGACCGUCUCCUCUGAACAACCGGCAGGGAAAUGUCCUAGUGAAUACAUCGCACAGCUCCGUGCAAAGACUAGAAUGGAGACCACGUUUGGUCCUGCGUUCUCAGCAGUGACAACUAUUACCAAAGCUGAUGGAACCAAGCACAGACGGACCCCCUCCUCAUCCAGUACCCUGACAUUUUCCCCCCGGGAUGAAGAUGAUGUUAUGCCUCCAAUCAGCACCCCGAGACGCUCGGAUUCUGCCAUUUCUAUACGGUCCCUGCAUUCGGAGUCCACCAUGUCCCUGAGGUCCACGUUCUCGCUCCAUGAAGAAGAAGAAGAGCCGGACCCGCUAGUGUUUGCGGAGCAGCCCUCGGUGAAACUCUGUUGUCAGCUCUGCUGCAGCGUCUUUAAAGAUCCUGUCAUUACCACAUGUGGGCAUACGUUCUGCAGGAGGUGCGCUCUGACAUCUGAAAAGUGUCCGGUGGAUAACGCCAAACUAACGGUGGUCGUGAACAACAUCGCUGUUGCCGAGCAAAUAGGAGAGCUUUUCAUUCACUGUAAAUAUGGCUGCCACCCCUCCUCCAACGGCAAGCCGGCUGUUUUCGAAGUGGAUCCUCACGGCUGCCCCUUCACCAUUAAAUUAAGUGCCAGAAAGGACCAUGAAGGGAGCUGCGAUUACCGACCGGUCCGUUGUCCUAAUAACCCCAAUUGUCCCCCGUUAUUAAAGAUGAACUUGGAAGCUCAUUUAAAGGAGUGUGAACACAUCAAGUGCCCUCAUUCCAAGUAUGGGUGCAACUUUAUAGGGAACCAAGACACCUACGAGACACACCUAGAAACGUGCAAAUUCGAGGGGCUGAAGGAAUUUCUGCAGCAGACAGACGAUCGGUUUCACGAAAUGCAGGUGGCCAUGACGCAGAAGGACCAGGAGAUUGCAUUUCUGCGCUCCAUGCUGGGCAAGCUCUCGGAGAAGAUCGACCAGCUGGAGAAGAACCUAGACCUGAAAUUUGAUGUUUUGGAUGAAAACCAGAGCAAGCUGAGCGAAGACCUGAUGGAGUUCCGUAGAGACGCCUCCAUGCUGAAUGAUGAACUCUCCCAUAUCAAUGCCCGGCUGAACAUGGGAAUCCUAGGAUCCUAUGAUCCUCAGCAGAUAUUUAAGUGCAAAGGCACCUUUGUAGGACACCAGGGCCCUGUGUGGUGUCUGUGCGUUUACUCCAUUGGAGACCUGCUCUUCAGCGGCUCAUCAGACAAAACAAUAAAGGUGUGGGACACGUGUACGACAUAUAAGUGCCAAAAGACCCUGGAAGGACAUGAUGGCAUUGUUCUUGCUCUCUGUAUUCAAGGAAGCAAGUUGUACAGCGGUUCAGCAGACUGCACUAUUAUUGUGUGGGACAUUCAGACUCUGCUGAAGGUUAAUACCAUUCGAGCGCACGACAACCCUGUUUGCACCUUAGUGUCAUCGCAUAAUAUGCUGUUCAGCGGCUCCCUGAAAGCCAUCAAGGUGUGGGACAUUGUGGGCACAGACUUGAAACUGAAGAAGGAGCUUACAGGCCUAAACCACUGGGUGCGAGCUCUUGUGGCCUCUCAGAACUACCUGUACAGUGGGUCCUACCAAACCAUCAAGAUUUGGGACAUCAGAACGUUGGAAUGUGUCCAUGUCCUGCAAACAUCAGGUGGCAGUGUGUACUCCAUCGCAGUAACCAACCACCAUAUAGUCUGUGGGACAUACGAGAACCUUAUACAUGUCUGGGACAUUGAAUCCAAAGAGCAAAUGAGGACGCUGACAGGACAUGUUGGGACAGUGUAUGCGCUGGCUGUCAUAUCCACACCUGAUCAAACCAAGGUUUUCAGCGCCUCGUAUGACAGAUCACUGCGGGUGUGGAGUAUGGAUAACAUGAUCUGCACCCAGACGUUGUUGAGACAUCAGGGCAGUGUCACGGCUCUGGCAGUGUCGCGGGGUCGCCUCUUCUCUGGUGCAGUGGACAGUACAGUGAAGGUCUGGACUUGCUAAAUGGCGCGGGCAAAGCCCAGGGCAGCGUUAGGAGCCAACAAAACCAAAUUCCAAAGCCCCGCAGUUACUACCGGAUGGAGGAACUGCCCCAGUGCCAGCCAUGUACUCUCAGCUGACUUUUUAUACUUCUCAAUGGAGCCGGCAAGCUUUUAAGGGCGCACUUGGCAUGGGGCUCAUGCAAAAUUAGGAGACGCUGACUUACUUUAGGCUGGAUUGGCCUUAUUUGCUCGCAUGAUGCUGGAACUGGGAGUUGCUUUUCAGAGGGGUGAAGCCUUCACUACUACUUGUGUAAAUAGUCUGCAUCACUAGCACUUUCCAGUGUGAGGAAGGAACUCGGCUGCCACACUCACCCAACGCAACCCAAUCCGCUCUCUUCAACGGAAACACUCCAAGCAACUUAAUUCGGAAUCUCAGCUGUGGGUCGGCACCUCCUGCCGGUUUCACUCACACUGGUGUGUUUGUUCAUCAUGGAGUCGGGCAGAGGGAGAGAAUCUAUCAAUGUCAUGUCUCUGUACUACGUAUGCAAUUACUGUGAUAAAGACAAUUAAUGGCUAGUCCGAAUGCCAAACCUUCUUGUAGGCUCUUCUCAGAAGAGAACGCGGCACCCCUGAGAUAUCGGAGUGAUUGUUCAUGGUUGAGAGAAAAUCUGGAAGUAUCUUCUUUACUGUAAAGUGACUGUAUAGCAGGAUGGAUGAGAGUGUGGCGUCACAGUUAAAGGGUUGGUUCACCUUUAAGUUAACUUUUAGUAUGUUCUAGAAUGGCUAAUUCUAAGCGACUUUCCGUUAUUUAUUUUUUUAUAGUUUUUUUUCAAUUAUUCGUCUUCUUCUUCUGACUCUUU